AUGCACAGAAUUGCCUCAGGGUGUCGCUCAGCGUCAAAGACGAGCCUCUUUAUCGGUGGUAGCACGAAGCCUUUGCUGAUUGCCUCGCAGCGCACUUCCUUCUACGAAGUGGAUCGCGCUGGCGGUCGCAACAAGGGCGACAAAAUCGAGGGUCUCGUGCGCUGGUGGCUGCGGCUGAAGCCUUGGAACGAGGAAAUCGCAAACCUGAAACGGCGCCUCAGGCGAUCAAAUGCCGGCUUUGAUCCCUGUGUUCACGGACAGACGCGCUUCCUGGUACGCUUCCCCCAGCUCACCGACUCCGACUUCAAGCUGUGGAGUGUCUACACCGACGCCGACUUCGACGAGGGCUACUCCAGCGCAGAGUUUGUGCGCUCCAACAGAGACGCGGUGGGACCGGCUUCGGGCAAAGGCGAACCCCACAACGUCCCUCCUGACUUCCUCGGCUCGCGGACUUCUGGCGACGAAAAGAAGCCGCUGAGUCCUCGUGAGAAGGACUCCCACCCGUUCUCCAUCAUGUACUCUGCUGACCGUGUGAAGUGGUACCUCGACACCUUUUUUCGACGUGGUCAAAAGACUUGCGACAAGUGCGGUGGCCCGGUGAUGGUCACUAGCGUAAAGGCGUGUCGACUGAAUGUGCCGGAAUGGAGAAUCUCCACUUUAAGCCCCGAAUCUAUGGCCUUGAGGAAAAUUGGGGGCGUGAACGGCGUAAUUACGGCACUUUACACGUUUGUUAACGCUAACAUUCUUGUUCUUCUUGUCGACACUUCGUCAGACGGCGGCGGGGGCGGGCUGUACUUUGAGCACGAACUCACAGUCUUGCUGACUGGAGUUGUGAUGAACGAAGCCAACUGUGGUUUCGUGCAGUUCUCCCAUGGAGGUGAAAAUUUCCGCCUCACGGACUCACGUGACACCAACAUCCCACCUGCCAACCUCUCCAUCCUCUGGUCCGUUUCUGUGACAAAUAAAGAAAAAACCAAAUGCACGCGAUCUGGCAGCAGGAUCAAAGCCCCUUUCGACGCCGUAAUUGGAUUAGCGUUGCGUCUUUGCAACUCCUCCACCCACCCCAAUCCCAAUGGGACUCUUGCUAUCCUGAGGCAUUGA